AUGUUAUUUGCGCUAUUUUCAGAACUGACUGCUCGGAUUCGGAACAUGACGAUUGAAGCUUUGGCGAGCCUUACUAGAGUGCUACGCAUCACCCCGGAAUCGUUCGAGGAGAUCGUGGAAACGGCAGCCGAAGUGCUCCUUCGUGGCGGUGUUGUCGCGCUUCCAACGGACACACUCUAUGGCGUAUCGACACUCAUCGAACACUCCGAUAAACUAUACGCGCUGAAGAGGCGUCAGAGGGAGAAGCCGCUCGGUUUGUUUCUUGCUGAUCCUGCACAUAUUCCACUGUGGGCACGCUUGACCAUUUCGCCACAACUCGCACGACAGCUUUUACCUGGUCCGGUCACGUUAAUACUGGAUCGGUUGCCCUCGUUACCUCGAAGCUUCAACCCAGACACAGAGAAUGUGGGCGUGCGGGUCCCAGAUUCGUUAUUAGUGCGAACUCUUUGUGCUCGCCUUGGUCGACCGCUCGCUCAAACUUCUGCGAACGUGAGCGGGUCGCCUGUGAAUCCCACACGUGUUGAUGAUUUCUGUGAUUUGAUGGGUCAGAUCGAUCUUGUGCUCGAUGGAGGAGUCAUCGGAAAUCCAUCGAACGAAGAGACAACAAGCACUGAGGGCAGUACGAUAGUGGAUCUUACGAAAGACAAUUUCUAUCGCAUUGUGCGAGAGGGCUGUGCUCUAAAGCGCACGGAAGAAAUACUCAGGACAGCUGGACUUCGCCCGCUCUGA